CAGAGGAGGAGAGGAGGCAAGCGAGCGAAGGCAUGGUGGAGGAGGCAGUAGUCAAUGGCACCAUCAGGAGGGCAGUCCAGAAAGCAGUCAGAGAUCAGUCAACAUAGCAGUCAGAGAUCAGUCAAGGGAGCAGUAAGAGAUCAGUCAGGGGAGCAGUGAAGGGAGCAGUCAGAGGACCAGUGAAGGGAGCAGUCAUAGGACCAAAUUUCGGAUUUAUAUUUUGAGUAAUUCUAGCUCCUAAGUUCACCUAGACUCCGUCCUUAAUCCUAACAGGAGGCACGGCAGUGGGCAAGGGAGGAGGCACGGCAGUGGGCAAGGGAGGAGGCAUGGCCGUGGGCAAGGGAGGAGGCACGGCCGUGGGCAAGGGAGGAGGCACGGCAGUGGGCAAGGGAGGAGGCACGGCAGUGGGCAAGGGAGGAGGCACGGCAGUGGGCAAGGGAGGAGGCACGGCAGUGGGCAAGGGAGGAGGCACGGCCGUGGGCAAGGGAGGAGGCACGGCAGUGGGCAAGGGAGGAGGCACGGCAGUGGGCAAGGGAGGAGGCACGGCAGUGGGCAAGGGAGAAGGCACGGCAGUGGGCAAGGGAGGAGGCACGGCAGUGGGCAAGGGAGGAGGCACGGCAGUGGGCGAGGGAGGAGGCACGGCAGUGGGCAAGGGAGGAGGCACGGCAGUGGGCAAGGGAGGAGGCACGGCAGUGGGCAAGGGAGGAGGCAUGGCGGUGGGCAAGGGAGGAGGCAUGGCGGUGGGCAAGGGAGGAGGCAUGGCGGUGGGCAAGGGAGGAGGCAUGGCCGUGGGCAAGGGAGGAGGCACGGCAGUGGGCAAGGGAGGAGGCACGGCAGUGGGCAAGGGAGGAGGCACGGCAGUGGGCAAGGGAGGAGGCACGGCAGUGGGCAAGGGAGGAGGCACGGCAGUGGGCAAGGGAGGAGGCACGGCAGUGGGCAAGGGAGAAGGCACGGCAGUGGGCAAGGGAGGAGGCACGGCAGUGGGCAAGGGAGGAGGCACGGCAGUGGGCGAGGGAGGAGGCACGGCAGUGGGCAAGGGAGGAGGCACGGCAGUGGGCAAGGGAGGAGUAUCGUACAGCAGCAGCAACCUAGGGCGGAGCCUAUAAAGCAGCCUGGAGAGGAGCCUAGAGUAGUAUCCUAGAUAGGAGCCUAGAGCAGAGCCUAGAGCAGCAGCCUAAAAUUGCAGCAGCCAUCAAAGGCCACUGGAAUCAUGAUUGGUGUCAGUGGUGAAAUCAAAGGGCAUACUUUGGCCCUGGAGCAGAUUGGGGAGGAGGAAGGCUAGACUACGAGGGCUGAGACUGAGUGCAUAUUAAUGUUGCAUUUAAACUUGUCAUUGUCAUUCUGAACAACACGUGUCAGCAGCGGGCCAUCUCUCGCCUGACCAUCAACAUCGUCAGGAAGAACAGAUUUCGCUCCUACGUCCUCAUUCCGCGCUUGCAGUUCAUUGGAUAUGGCAAAGAUGAAAGAAACAGUCACGACAAUUAUCAAUUCCGGGUCAGAGCUCUUCAUGCCAUGCCUUGCACAUCAGCAUUGUGUGAACAAAUGAGCAUCUUGGAGAUGGGCGUGUGUCUUACUCCUUGCCAGGCUAACUUGCUUGGUCCUUCCUCCGUGCCGUGCCCUCCUUCCUCUGCUUGCUACUCCUUCUGCGUGUUUCCCCCCUGCUGCUCUCUCCUCUCUCCCUUUUAGUAUUCCCCCAUCCUCUCGACAUUUCUCCCUUCCUCCAACCCUCCCGGUCCCCCUCUCUUUGUCCGCCUGUCCGUCCGUCUGUCCCUCCCUCCCUCCCUCCCUCCCACACUUCUUCUCUCCCUCACUUCUCUCUCACACUACCCUUCCCAUCCUCCAACCUUACCCACCUCCACCUUAUCAUUGAUUGCCAUUCUGUCUCUCAACUCCACCAUUCCAAUUCCCCCUCGCAGGUACUCCCUCCCCUGGGUGCACCCAAUGACUCGGUGAUAAUCCCUCCAGGUGCCAUUCUCAAGUUCAACACUACUACACAGCUCUUGCACUUAAGCAUCACUGUUAUUGCAGCCACCUUCUCUCCUUAAGUCCUAUCGUAUUCCCUUGUAUUGAACACCCCAUGGAGGUAAUAAAGAAUACAUUGAAAUGUUGGGAGGGGAUCUAAUUAG